AGCUACGAUAACAAAUCGUCCUCAUCGAUUGGGACCACGACGUCCUCCGCCUCGACCGGAUCGACUCAAUCCGAAAGCGAGGAAGCCGUCCUGCUACGAGACUGGGAUUUCGAGCGUUUCUUCCCGUCCAAUGAACGUCCCCAACGGGCCUCCCACCAGCCCCAGCGUCACUCCAUGUCGGACAAGUCGUCCUCCUCGUCGCCGGCGGACUCCAACGGGCGCCUCAGAGCCAACGGCUUGGACAAGUUCCGUAAGGAACGCGAAAACAGCAAAACGUCCAACCUGGCCUUCGCCGAGAAGAAAAAGGUCGAAGAAAUGAACGCCCGAAUCCGGCUGGAGGAGCGAGUCAAGAGCGAAAUCUUCGCCCGCCAGUACCAGAAACAGCAAUCUCCUGGCAAAUCUAGUCCCGGUUCGUCCUCGUCAACCGCUGCCAACCAGUCACAACAGUUCCUUGCACCGCAAUCUCACAAACGUCAGGAGUCUGACUCUAAACUCUCGCUUAACUUUGUCCGGGGAUUCCGCCGGGAGAACUCGGACUUCUUUCCACUGUCCAAGCGCCAUUCGGCCAUUCUCGGCGAACAGCUCACCCCGAGCAGCGGUGGCAGCAGUUCCAAGCAAAUGUCCUCCAGUGCCAUCCAGCCGCAGCAACGUUCCAGUGCCAUAUUCCCGCGCAAUCGCAACAAAGGAGAACCCAUCCUAACGGACUUUACCGUCACGAAACGAGGCGACGGAGACGAUCUGCGACCUCGCACCCCACCCAGACCGUCGUCCGGUCAAACCAGUAGUGCACAGUCGGCGGCGACGCGGCAAGCGCCUGCCACACCCUCGGUACGGAAUCUCGACUUCCUGCGGCCCCGCCGGGAGAAAACCGAAUCGGUCAUCUUUGUACGCAAUUCGCCUACGCGGCAGCAGCUGUUCGACAGCCAGAACCGCGGUGGCGAGAACAGCAGUUUAGGAACCCCUGGCCAGCGUACGAGCAGUGUCCUACCGGAUCUGCUGAGUCAAGCAUCGCCGGCCACGCCGCCACGACAUGACAAAUCCGCCAGCGAAGAG